UUGAAGGUUAGGUACGUGAACCGGAACUCCCAUCAUAAUAUUAUAGUCAUUAUUGUGAGUGGUUACGUCUGACAGUUUUACCUGAGUCCUGUUCCCAGAGAGUGUUGUGUAGCGCAAUUUUAACUUAGCACAACAAACAGCUGUCCAAAUGGAGACAGUGAAAAGUGUCCUCGGGUUUGAGUGGAUGGAUGGAAGAAGUUUUCUGAUAUUUUUGUGUGUUUUUGUGCUUUUUUCCGACUUUUGGAAGAACAGAGUCCCAACAAACUUUCCCCCCGGACCGUGGCCUCUUCCGUUGAUCGGGGACCUUCAUCGCAUCCGACUUGCCAGGCUUCAUCUGCAGUUCACAGAGUUUGCAGAGAAAUAUGGAAAGAUUUUCAGCCUGAGGCUCUUUGGUGGAAGAGUUGUGGUCAUCAAUGGCUACAAGCUUGUGAGGGAGGCCCUGGUCCAUAGAGGGGAGGACUAUGUUGAUCGCCCCGUCGUACCUCUUUUUGAUGAAAUGUUUGGAAACAGAGGUAGUGUGUUUUCUGUUGUGUCACUGUUAGUUAUACUGAUCUCCAUGUACUCUCAGCCUAAUCCUCUGGUGUCUCUUAAAGGUCUGGUGAUGUCAAACGGCAAUCUAUGGAAGCAACAGAGGAGAUUCGCUCUUCAUACUCUCAGGAACUUUGGAUUGGGCAAGAAGACCCUGGAGCCAUCCAUCCAGCAGGAGAGCCAAUAUCUCAUCGAGGCUUUUGCCAAUCACAAAGGACAGCCUUUUAAUGCCCAGCAGCUGAUAUCCAAUACUGUGUCCAACAUCAUCUGCUGCCUGGUGUUUGGGGAUCGCUACGAGUACACUGACAAGCGGUUCCAGAGUAUUCUUCAGGACUUCAAUGAGAUUGUGUUCUUACAGGGAAGUCCAAGUGUACAGAUGUACAACACUUUGCCCUGGCUGAUGAAGUGGCUCCCCGGAUCUCACCAGAAGUUUUUUAAUCUGGUACAAAGGAUCGUUGACUUCAUAGAAAUGAAGAUCAAAGAACACAGAGAGAGUCUUGACCCGUCCUCACCAAGAGACUACAUCGACUGCUUCCUCACAGAGAUGGGAGAGAAGGAGGACAAAGACUCUGGUUUUGAUAUCAAGAAUUUGUGUUUUUGCACCAUGGACCUGUUUGGUGCUGGAACUGAAACUACUACCACUACUCUACACUGGGGACUGCUGUACAUGAUCUACUACCCUAAAAUACAAGAGCGAGUCCAGGCUGAGAUAGACGCUGUGAUUGGUUCAUCCAGAGUGCCCUCUCUAAAUGACAGAGAUAAUGUGCCCUACACUAACGCAGUCGUUCAUGAGAUCCAGAGAAUGGCAGACAUCCUUCCCCUUAAUGUGAUCCGCAUGGCAACCAAGGACACCACACUCGACAAGUACACAAUCCCAAAGGGCACCGCCAUCAUGGCCUCGCUGAACUCGGUUCUUCACGAUGAGACGAUGUGGGAAACUCCACACUCCUUCAACCCUCAACACUUUCUGGAUCAAGACGGCCAGUUUAGGAAGAGAGAGGCCUUCCUUCCUUUCUCAGCAGGGAAGCGUGUGUGUCCCGGGGAGCAGCUGGCCAGGACAGAAGUAUUCCUAUUUUUUACCUCCCUUCUCCAGAGGUUUUCUUUCUCUGCACCAGACGGAGAGCAGCCCAGUCUGGAGUUCAAGUUAGGAGGUGUUCGCUGUCCCAAACCUUACCGCCUCUGUGCUGUACCCCGAUAAACCACCAGCUGUCCCAGAGUCAUCAUCUAUGUUCCAGUCUAUUCACUUUGUAGUAUAUUAGUGUCUCCCUUCUGUCCUUUUUCUACAUUUGAAGUAAAACCAAGUCUGACAGUAUGAUUCUUCUUCUUAUAAAUAAACAAAUUUAAUAU